CAAGUUUUAAAUUACCACCGUUCGUACCGUAUGGACCCUUCGUCAUCGUCAACCGCUUUGGUUGACACAGAGUGUUUCAGAUUAUACUCAAAGGGUUUGGUGAGCGAAGAGAGGAUUAGGGAUAUGAAGGUCACCGUGGCCGGAGCCGGGGUCGCGAUUUGCGAUCCGAGGGAUAGUCUGAUCUUGGAGGUGAGAAAGAAUCUGGAGGCUUUCGUGGAUGGUCAAGUCGUGACCAAUGAAGUUGCUGAGCUGGAGGCUCUGAUUGAAGGGCUUAAUAAAGCUCUCAGCUUGAAUUUGAAAAGGCUCACCUUCUUCUGUGAUGACUAUGUGCUUUACCGAUAUGUUACUGGUAGAGCACGACCAUAACAGAGCAAGAUUGCGACAUUAGUCAAUCAGGUGGCUCUUCUUCAGAGAAAAUUUACUCGUUGCAAACCAUCUCUUGUGGCACGUAAUGAUAUUAAGUUUGCAUUUAAAUCUGCAAGAGAUGCUAUAAUUUCUCAAAUUACCUUCACUGAAGAAACUAGGAAUGGCAAGAGUUUGAAAGAGACAUGUUUAAUUUGCUUUGAAGAUACUGGUGUUGAGAAGAUGUUUUCAGUUGAUGGUUGCCGGCACAGGUUUUGCUUUUCAUGUAUGAAACAGCAUAUGGAGGCCAAGGUGCUUAAUGGGAUGGUGGUAAAGUGCCCUCGUGAAGGCUGUAAGGCCAAGGUGAAUAUUGAUAGCUGUGGGAAAUUCUUGGAACCGAAAUUGGCUGAGGUCUUGAGCCAACGCAUGAAGGAAUCUUCUAUUCCUGUUACAGAGAAAGUUUAUUGCCCACGUCCCAGGUGCUCAGCACUAAUGUCGAAAAGUGAGGUUUUCAAAUAUACUAAGAGUAAGACCGCAUAUAUUGCUGCUGACAAAGAUGGAUUCAGAAGAUGCAUGAAAUGUCAUUACUCUUUCUGUAUCAAUUGCAAAGUCCCGAGGCAUUUUGAUAUGACCUGCAAUGAUUACAAAAGAUCAGAUCGUUAUUCCCAAUCAGAAGAUGCAAAGCUCAAGUGUCUUGCAAAGGCGAAACGUUGGCCCCAAUGUUUGAAGUGCAGCCACAUGGUUGAACUAGCCGAAGGUUGCUACCACAUCACUUGCAGAUGUGGAUAUCAGUUCUGCUACACUUGUGGUGCUGAGUGGAAGAACGGAAAGCCAACCUGUUCCUGUCCAAUCUGGGAGGAGCGUAACAUUAUACGUAAUGUCCGAAGAUGAUGAUGAUUAGGAUGUUUUUGUUUUGAUUUUGGAAAAAGAACAGCAAAAUGUGUCGUAUCUGCUAAUGUUGCAAAGAUAUGCUUAGAAAGGAUUGUUGGUGAUAUUAAUUAGGCCACGGUUUCUUAGGUUUUUGUU